AUGCCUGAUCAAAUUCUUGACGAUAUCUCUCAUCGCAGAUACAAUCCCCUCACGGAUUCCUGGCUGCUUGUAUCCCCUCAUCGCACGAAGCGACCUUGGCAAGGUCAGCAAGAAGCUGCUGUCGCGACAGAACUCCCCGAAUAUGACCCCAAAUGUUACCUAUGUCCCGGCAAUCCACGGGCAGCUGGUGACUCUAACCCGAAAUACGAAAAGACUUUUGCCUUUGUGAACGACUACAGCGCAGUCAAGCAAGAGCAGCCUGAAUAUGACGCCAAGGCCUCAUCCAACGACUUGGAAUCUCUUCUCCUCCAAGCCCAGGGUGUCAAGGGCGUGUGUUAUGUCCUCACCUUCUCCCCCAAGCAUCAUGUUACCCUUGCCGAUAUGACUGCCGACGAGAUUGUUCCCGUUAUUGAGCACUGGACACGCAUCUAUGCCAACCAUCUGACACCAUCAAACCCCCGCGCGGCUGAAGCUGACCAGCUUACCAUCUCCAUGUCCAAAGAUACUACCCCUAGCCCUGAGGAACAGUACCGAUAUAUGCAAAUCUUUGAGAACAAGGGCGCUGCAAUGGGUUGCUCCAACCCUCACCCUCAUUGCCAAGUCUGGACCACAUCUACUAUGCCCGAGGAGCCAGGCAAGGAGCUUGUCCAAAUGACCAAGUAUCGAGAACAGCAUGAAGGCCGACACCUCUUAGGUGACUACGUCAAAUUGGAAUUGGAGAAGAAAGAGCGAGUUGUUUGGGAGAACGAUGCAUUCGUUAUUGUGUGCCCUUGGUGGGCUGUGUGGCCGUUUGAGGUUCUUGUUCUGCCCAAGCGACACAUCCGAUCCCUUCUCGACUUUAAGCCCGAAGAGCGACUCCAAUUUGCCGAAGCUAUUCAAGAAGUUACCAGAAGGUACGACAACUUGUUUGAGUGCAACUUCCCCUAUAGCUCCGGCCUUCACCAGGCGCCGCUUGAAGGUACCCCUGAAGAGUUGGAGAGUGCUUAUUUCCACAUGCAUUUUUAUCCCCCUCUGCUGCGCUCGGCCACGGUCAAGAAGUUCCUCGUUGGUUACGAGCUUUUGGCUGAGCCGCAGCGUGAUAUCACACCCGAGCAGGCUACAGUCCGCUUGAGGAACUGCGGAGGAGAGCUCUACCGAAAGAGCCUAUAG